UUUGGUUACACCCACUUCGCCAUUUUCUACUCGAUGAGUGCGUUUUAACGAAGCUAUAGCUAGCUUUAUCUUAAAAAAUCGUUUAAUGUUACUCCAAAUACUUAUCGUGAAUCGACUUGAAUUGGCAAGCUAUUUUUCAACCAGGCAUAGGCUACAGCGUUGACGUAGUGGUGUGUGACGUGACGAAAAUUAAAGGUAACGGCUUGCCGUUUAGGUGGCAACGUGCUUUCUGUUCGUUGUUGCACAAAGACGACUGACUGCCCGGUAGCACGUUAUUCUUUUUAAAACUGUAAACCUGCCGGCUGACACAUUGACGUCCACCGUGCAAGACUCAAAGACCGAGGAGAUGACCACCUCCGUGGGGAACGUGGCUGAUAGCACAGAAUCGUCAAAACGUAUUCUUUCCUUCCAAGGGUUGGCUGAGCUGGCACAUCGGGAAUAUCAGUCAGGGGACUUUGAGGCAGCAGAGCGCCACUGCAUGCAGCUGUGGCGUCAGGAGCCUGAUAACACAGGCGUGCUGCUGCUCCUUUCCUCUAUUCACUUCCAGUGCCGAAGGCUUGACAGGUCAGCUCAUUUCAGUACAUUGGCCAUUAAACAGAACCCAAUGCUGGCCGAGGCGUACUCCAACCUGGGGAAUGUGUACAAGGAGCGAGGGCAACUACAGGAGGCCAUUGAACACUAUCGGCAUGCUCUGCGACUGAAGCCGGACUUCAUCGACGGAUACAUCAACUUGGCUGCAGCUCUGGUCGCCGCAGGGGACAUGGAAGGAGCAGUGCAGGCUUAUGUGUCUGCAUUACAGUACAACCCUGAUCUUUACUGUGUGCGCAGUGACUUGGGCAACUUGCUUAAAGCACUUGGGCGCUUGGAAGAGGCCAAGGCUUGCUACCUGAAAGCUAUUGAGACUCAACCCAACUUCGCAGUGGCUUGGAGCAACUUGGGCUGUGUGUUCAAUGCCCAGGGGGAGAUAUGGUUGGCCAUACACCAUUUUGAGAAGGCAGUGACACUGGACCCAAAUUUCCUUGAUGCCUACAUCAAUUUAGGAAACGUUUUAAAGGAAGCCCGAAUCUUUGACAGAGCUGUGGCGGGAUAUUUGAGAGCCCUGAGUCUUAGUCCCAACCACGCAGUUGUUCAUGGAAACCUGGCCUGCGUCUACUAUGAGCAAGGCCUCAUUGACCUGGCUAUCGACACAUACCGCCGAGCUAUUGAACUGCAGCCUCACUUUCCAGAUGCCUACUGCAAUUUGGCAAAUGCACUGAAGGAGAAAGGCAAUGUGUCUGAGGCAGAAGAGUGCUACAACACAGCUUUGCGUUUGUGUCCAACGCACGCAGACUCCCUGAACAACUUGGCUAACAUCAAACGUGAACAGGGCAACAUUGAGGAGGCAGUUCAGCUUUACAGAAAAGCGCUAGAGGUGUUCCCAGAGUUUGCUGCGGCUCACUCCAACCUGGCCAGUGUUCUGCAACAGCAGGGAAAACUCCAGGAGGCCCUCAUGCACUACAAGGAAGCUAUCAGAAUUAGCCCCACAUUUGCGGAUGCGUACUCAAACAUGGGUAACACAUUGAAGGAAAUGCAAGAUGUGCAAGGAGCCCUCCAGUGCUACACCCGUGCCAUCCAGAUCAAUCCUGCGUUUGCUGAUGCUCACAGCAAUUUGGCUUCAAUACACAAAGACUCUGGAAACAUCCCAGAAGCCAUCGCAUCGUACCGCACCGCCUUGAAACUCAAGCCUGAUUUUCCUGAUGCUUACUGUAACCUGGCACAUUGCUUGCAGAUUGUGUGCGAUUGGACGGAUUACGAUGAACGGAUGAAAAAGCUAGUGAGCAUUGUUGCUGACCAGCUGGAAAAGAACCGCUUACCAUCAGUUCACCCCCACCACAGUAUGUUGUAUCCACUCUCUCACGGCUUUCGCAAGGCCAUUGCUGAGCGCCAUGGGAACCUUUGCCUGGACAAGAUCAAUGCAUUGCACAAACCUGCUUACGAGCAUCCAAAAGACCUGACGGCCAGCGGUGGACGACUGCGUGUUGGUUAUGUCAGCUCAGACUUUGGCAACCACCCGACUUCCCACUUGAUGCAAUCCAUUCCUGGCAUGCACAAUCCUGAGAAAUUUGAAGUGUUUUGCUACGCACUGAGCCCUGAUGACAGUACGAACUUCCGAGUGAAAGUCGUGGCAGAGGCUCAUAAUUUCACAGACCUCUCACAGAUUCCUUGUAAUGGCAAGGCAGCCGAUCGUAUUCAUCAGGAUGGGGUCCACAUUCUGGUCAACAUGAAUGGUUACACCAAAGGGGCCAGAAACGAGCUUUUUGCCCUGCGCCCUGCUCCUAUUCAGGCUAUGUGGCUAGGUUACCCUGGAACCAGCGGCGCACCCUUCAUGGACUACAUCAUCACCGAUAAGGAGACAUCACCUGGGGAAGUAGUUGAGCAAUAUUCUGAGAAGGUUGCCUUUAUGCCACAUACCUUUUUCAUUGGUGAUCAUGCCAACAUGUUUCCUCAUCUCAAGAAAAAGGCUGUGAUUGAUUUCAAGUCAAACGGACACAUCUUUGACAACCGCAUCGUUCUCAAUGGUAUCGAUCUCAAAGCCUUCUUGGACAGUCUGCCAGAUGUCAAAGUUAUCAAGAUGAAAUGUGACAACAAUCAGGAGUCUGCUGCAGACGCAAAUGGAGCAUUGUCUAUGCCUGUGAUUCCCAUGAACACGGCUGCUGAAGCAAUCAUUAACAUGAUCAACCAAGGCCAAAUACAGGUCACCAUCAACAGCUUCACCGUCAGCAAUGGCCUUGCCACCACACAGAUCAACAAUAAAGCGGCCACGGGAGAGGAAGUGCCACGCACAAUUGUUGUGACCACCCGUUCCCAGUAUGGUCUUCCAGAGGACUCCAUUGUUUACUGCAACUUCAACCAACUCUACAAGAUUGACCCCCCAACCCUUCAAAUGUGGGCCAAUAUCCUGAAACGUGUGCAGAACAGUGUCUUGUGGCUCCUUCGGUUCCCUGCUGUGGGUGAGCCCAACAUCCAGCAGUACGCUCAGAACAUGGGCCUCCCCGCUUCUCGCAUAAUUUUCUCGCCAGUGGCCCCCAAAGAAGAACAUGUUAGGAGGGGUCAGCUGGCUGACGUAUGCUUAGACACGCCUCUGUGCAACGGUCACACCACAGGCAUGGAUGUUCUGUGGGCUGGAACACCCAUGGUCACUAUGCCAGGUGAGACCCUUGCUUCACGAGUGGCUGCUUCACAACUCGGCUGCCUUGGCUGUCCGGAACUCAUCGCCCAUAGUCGACAGGACUAUGAGGACAUAGCAGUAAAACUCGGAUCUGACAUGGAAUACCUGAAGAUGAUUCGUGCACGUGUUUGGAAGCAGCGCAUUUGUAGUCCUCUCUUCAACACCAAGCAGUACACGAUGGACCUGGAGAGGCUCUACUUGCAGAUGUGGGAGCACCACAGCAAAGGCAACAAACCAGAACACAUGUUUCAAGUCCACACAGUAGAAACUGGUGACAGUGCCUGAACUGGAAUCCCGCCCCCAAUUUAUUCACAAAAUACCACAGUGUUUCCUCCCCACCAUUUUAUCCCAAACUGUGCAUCCUCGUUUGAAUGGUUUACUCGCAGCCCUCUUCUGAGAAUGAUUGUGUUGCACAUUCUCAUCGAAGUGGGGCUAAAAGUGUCAUGAAUACACACAUUUAUCCCCCCAACCCCCCAUCACCUUUUGUAUGUGAUUGAGACGACAGUAAAGGAACGCAUGAGACAAUUGAGCGACCACUGAAUACUCUUACCUACUUGGAUCAGUAGUAGUUCUUCUCAUCGUGUGUGUGGAAGUACAGGACUAAUUGAAGCUUGUGGCACAAAUAUCCAACCCGUAUAGUUCUAUUUAUUAAAUGAUUCGUGUUUUUUUUUUAUGUGAAUGUAUGCCAUGGAAAUUGUAAGUCUUGCGUUCUUUCAGCUUUGAACAUUUCAUUUUAGCAUAGCUUGCAACUGCUUGACAGAUUCUCCUCAGAUGUUUAUUUAAUGACAAAAAGGGAUAGGUGUGUAUUUUUUUGGGGGUGAGGGGGUUAUAAUGAUGUCCUCUCCUCACCAAAUCUGCAGUCAAGUAGUUGUCUCAUUUUUGAUGUUACACUGCUUACUAACAUUUAUGGUCAUUUUGAUUAAGAACAAGUUCUAUAUUGCAGAAUAGCUGAAAGAUCGGAUUGGUCUUGUUUUAAAUCACACUGAAGGAACAGCCUUGGUAAGUAUUUUCCUAGCAUUUUUGUUUUUGUAUAGUUUUUUGAGUUGAUGCUGUCACUUAUGCUUUGCUCUUGAUAUGGGGAGAAAUAAAGAUGGCAAUUUGAAAAAA